UACUUAACAUUUCUCAUUUCUGUCUCUCUCUCUCUCUCUCGAUUGAUUAGACCUAAAUUAAAUUGUUGGGUGAUCUUCCGAUACUAUAUGUUUAUGGGGGCUGGUUUUUCUGGCAUCGAAGGCGGCGGCGGCGGCGGCAGGGGUCUGGGAGAGCUACCGGAGAGCUGUGUUGCGUGUGUUCUGUCACGUAUGGAGGCAUCGGAAAUCUGUAGGGUGGCACGUGUGAACACAACUUUUCACCGAGCUUCUUUAUCUGAUAGUGUUUGGGAAUCCAAAUUGCCUGAAAAUCACGAGAUUCUUCUAAAGAAGGUGUUUGGGUCCGCCGCCGCCGCCGCUCUCACCAAGAAGGACAUCUAUAAGAGGUUCGCCACUCCCUUCCUCUUUGCCUCCCACACUAAGGAAGUUUGGUUGGACAAAAGGAGAGGAGGAAUUAGUGUGGCUAUUUCAUGGAAAGCCAUGAAAAUUACAGGCAUAGAUGAUCGCAGAUACUGGACCCACGUCUCUACCAAUGAAUCAAGGUUCGGCUGCGUUGCUUAUCUCCAUCAAACAUGGUGGCUAGAAAUAGCAGGCAGCCUCGAGUUGGAAUUCCCCGUCGGCGCCUACAGUCUCUUCUUCCGCCUGCGCAUCGGCCGCCCCUCCUACGGCGGACGAAUCGCGGAAAAGAUUCACGGCUGGGAUGUGAAGCCAGUCACUUUUCAGUUAGAAUCAUCAAAUUCCGGCCACGCCAAAUCGGAGCGUUUCUUCAACCAACAACCCAGAUCGGAAUGGGUGUACCAUCACGUCGGAGAUUUCGUGGUCCAAGAUUCCAACACUCCCACGUCGCUCAACUUCUCUAUGACUCAGAUUGACUGUACACACACUAAAGGUGGACUGUGUGUCGAUUCCGUGUUUGUAUUUCCCACUACUGGACGACCUCAACCUCAUCAUCAAAAGGAUUUUAUUUGAAUUAUUUAAUUUGUUUAAUUUAGGUAGGAUUAAUUUAAUUAUAUGUUUGUAAGUGCAGUUUUUGGAGCUGGACUAUGCUGAUUUUUAAUUUGUGGCUUUAUACAUAGUGAGGGAGUUACGUGAGAACGAAACUGGAGGGUGUUUAAUUGUGAUCAUGUAAAACGAAAUUUUGUUUUGAGUUGGAUAUAUAUAUACAGAUCCGGUAUCAAAGAUAUAAUAUAUUAAUAUGAAAUGAUAAUAUUAGAAGUUGAUUUUAUUUGAAGAGUUCAUUAAUGAACCUUGAUAUGCAUGCAUGUUUAAAUAAUUUAA